UAUACUUCGGGAAAAAAAAAGACUUGAUAAAUCAGCUGCAUUUCCGGACUUUCCCUGUGAACUCAGCGGCAGAAACGGACGAGAAAGAGAAAAAAAAAACUCCAGAGAGAGCCAUUCACUCCCUGAGACAGUGGGAAGCUCUUCGACAUUGGUUCAGCUUCGCACGGUCUGAAAGCGUCGCGUUAAUAUUCGGUGGGAAUUUGGACAACCUAAUAGGAUGUCCCGGGGAGAGAUCGUCCAGGUCCCCGACGAUGCGCAUUUCACUUCGUUCAGGGAGCAGUGCGAGCGUCACGAAGGCUGGACGGUUCAGUACAGUAAGGGAAGCAUCACUGUGUGGAACCGACAGCCCGAGGAAAACAAAACCGUGCAGAAACUAAAGAUGAGAAUUAACUGCAAGGAUGUUCCAGCAGAGACUCUUUACGAUGUUCUUCAUGACACACACUACAGGAAGAAAUGGGACACGAACAUGAUUGAGACUUACGAUAUUGGCCGACUAACGGUGAAUGCAGAUGUUGGGUAUUAUUCCUGGAGGUGUCCAAGUCCAUUGAAGAAUAGAGAUUUUGUUACCCUGCGAUCGUGGCUUCCCCUUGGUAAUGACUACAUGAUCGUCAACUACUCAGUGAAGCAUCCAAAAUAUCCACCGAAGAAAGACAUAGUACGAGCUGUCUCACUGCAGACUGGAUAUUUCAUUAAAUCCAAUGGAGCCAACAGCUGUACGUUGUACUACCUGACCCAAGUGGAUCCACGAGGGUCAUUACCGAAAUGGGUUGUGAAUAGAGUCUCACAGUUUGUAGCUCCCAAGGCCAUGAAGCGGAUUUAUAAAGCCUGCUUGAAGUACCCCGACUGGAAACAGAAACACAACCCACACUUCAAGCCCUGGGUCUACCCAGAGCAGAACACCCUGCCCAGUGUUAGCCUCUCAGACCUAUCGUUGCAGCACGCAUCCUCGCUGGAGAAUAUUGAUGAGAGCGGAUUGUCCGAGGAGAAGGUCCACAUCAGUGACGAGGAAGAUAGCUACUCCAAAGAAUCUUAACAGAUGCAGUAGAGUGUGGAAAAUAUUGAGGGAGCGAAAUACUAAUUUGCGUAUGGGGUUUAAUGACUCAGUAUCCCUUUUACACUCUGUGGCAUUACCUAUACAAAGUAGCAGUACAUUCUCACUAAAUGGCAUAAUCCGAAGAAUUAAGAGCAAGAGGAGGCUAUAGAGCCCUUUGAGGCAAUCCUGCCACUCACCCAUCAACUCAGCUUCCUUUAUCACACAUAUCUUAGACAAUUUUCUAGCCUCUUCUUAAAAUGAAACAUUGCUUUAUAGGGCACUUGAUGCUGAACUGGUUUGAAGAGGUGGCCAUUGGCUAGAGCUGUACUGAUUUGUUGUUCCUAUAUAGCAUUGUAUAUGAAUGGAUUAGCAUGAGUGGACAGAUUAGCAUGUGCUUUUGCUAUGUCUUUAUGAUUCCAUUCACCAAAAUAGAAACCGUUUGAUGUCUUGCCCAUUGAUACUUGGCUGAGGUUGGAUGGAGCUUUUAUUGCCAACCUUUGCAAAGAACACCAGCAUUGAGUGGAUUCAGUACUGAAAGAGAUCCUCAAAGUACUUACUCUCCAUUACACCACUGGCAUUUAGGGCAGCAAUGAAGGUCCUCCAUCUCUGGCGGUGUUCAGGGCUUCCUUCAUCAUGUCUGUAGCUUCCUCUCGGUUUUCACUACUGUCAGUCAUGCAAGUCUCAGGUGGAGGUUCAGGAUACCAUCACACUCAAAUGUAGAAGGAUACUUCAUAUGUGUUUCCAUAACAAUUUUGUUUUACCAUUCAGGGUCAAUAGCCCUGAGCUAGCUGAACCUCCCGAACCUGAACGACCUGUGGACCACUUUUCGUCUGGUCUCUACCAUUUAACCUGAUUGGCAUGGCUGACUCUACCAAGAGCCAAAGCAUAAAGCCCUGAGUCCAGCCAAAGUCGCCCUCCAGGUCACUGAGGCAUAAAAGCCUCCAAACCUCAACACAACAGUGUAGUACUCUUGGAGGUCAUAGUACUAUUUGGGUUAAAAAUGAACAGUGAUAUAAGAUUACAUGAGCAAUCUGAAUCCCAGAUUAGGUCUUCAUAAGUAAGUGCAUCUUACCUGUUAAUUUAUGAAAAUGCAGGAACUACAUUGUCAGACUUUGUAAAUUUCAGAUGAUGCCUUGAAAUAUUUGCUUGCUAUCUUAGAUGAUGAGAUUCGCAAUAUUGCAUAAGAAGCAAUUGGACCGUGUUAGUAACUUUCAAGUAUAAUCAUACUGUGAGCAUUAUAUUUUGAAUAAUGGAUGUCAACCUCAAUGAUAAUGGCCCAGCAAGAAAUGAGCAUGAUAGAAGUAGUCUACAAUAAAGCAGUUUGGCAUAAUGCCAUACAGUUUCAAUGAGACAUCAUGUCUCCUAAUGGCUCCAUUAACAAGGUACUGUAAUUUCCAUUAGCUAUGAGGUACUGAGAGGGAGAUGUGACUGCUUCAAAUUUUGGAAGGAUUUGAUGUGGUAGGGUCAGAGAAGUUAUUUUUCCUGGAGAAAGAUGUUUGUCAACUGAGGGAUUGUAAGCCCACUCACUUCAGAGUCAGAUCUGGUCAUGCUAUGAAAGAACAUUACAUGUCCUUGCUGCUCCCUAGAAAUUCAUCUCUGGUUGGUAGCAUAAUUUGGGAAUGACAGCACCUUACACUUGGUCCCACAAGCUCAGUCCCAUUGAAGGAGAGAUUUGGAAAAAAAAAUUUUUAAUUACUACCAGAGGCCUGGGUGAUUAUUUUUAAAACAGUCAUGACAUCAAUUUAAAGGGGGAGAGGAAUAAUAAAUAAUUCAACAAUAAAUACUUUAAGAACGGGAAUGGAUAAAAGUACUUGAGUUAAGUUUGGAGAUAAAAUAGAAAUAGGGAGAACUUCCACUCAGUGGAAUUGAGAUCAAGAGUUGGUGAUUGAAUUGUGGAUGUGGUGGAAUAAAUGGCAUUGUUUCCUUUGAUCUCAGAUAAUUUUCUGAUUACACCUGUACAGCAUGCUUUCUCUACUGAUUGGAAGUGAAUUUCUCGACAAAGGCGACUGUGAAAAUUUUGGAGGCCCUCUGUUGGUCAGGGGUUGACCAUGGAUGUUGCUUCCUUGCAGUUUAUGUUGUUGGUGCAGCAUCAUCAGCUGGUACCCAACUUAGGGCAGUACAAUAUAAAGAGCAAGCUGUUGCCAAUGCAGCAGGCUUCCCCCUCUCCACACAGCUGAUGAAUCCAAAGGAAUGCAGAAACCAAUACACUUUGGUAUCAGUAGUGUCACAGGGGUUACCAGUCAAUGUUAAACUCAAUGUGGGACUGCCUUAGGGACAACAGCUCUGGACUUUUCCUCAGGAUUUACUCCCAAAUCCUUCCCCAUGAGUGGGUAUAACCACAAGAUAGCAGAGGUUUUAAGUAAGAGUUUCCCUUCUCGUAGAUGAACUGCCAACCAUAGCUGACAAGCUCCAUCUGACUGGAAUGACUAAUUUCAAGGCACCAGUAACCCAUCUACCCCAUUCUCCUGUCAGUAGAAACAUUUCCACUGGGCUUAGUAGCAAAGCCACACAUGAAGAGCAGGGGCUGGACUUGGUUAUCAGAGGCUAUUUGCGAUGCACACUAUUGGGAGCAUUUAAUCGGUAGUGGAAGCUUAUUCACACUACCACCCACCCACCCACCCACUCCAUGACAACCUUAAGAAGCAAGGAUGCUUGAAAACCUUAAAGACUGUGGUUGGUUGGCUUUAGUUAGAAUUGGAAAUCAAGGGACAUGAAUACAAAAAAUAGUUUAUCUUGGUGAAAAUCAGCUAUGACCCAGUGCAGUGGCAAAAGAUCCAUGGAGGCUGAUUGCCCUAUUUUUAUCAUGAAAAGCCCUUCAAAUGAGAAUAUAUCAAACUCAGUGCAUCCCUCAUGAUGACUGAACUGAUUCCAAUCAGGGUACUAACAUCAGUUGUACAUAUAGGGCUCGGUACCACUGAACUAGGAUGAUGCUGAAUUCCCAAUUCUGAUUUUCAUCUGAGACAAAAACAAUAAUUGUAGAAAAUCAUCUGUACGUCAGUGGAGAAAUGAGAAAGAGUGUUUUCAAUACCACUACAAAUAUCUAAAGUUUACAGUUGGUGAGAAAGAGUGGGGAGAAGGGGUAUACAAAAAGAACUGUCCAUGACAGGAUGCAAAGCAGGAAUGAAUGCAUAGCAAGAUGAGUGAAGGGUGUUCCAUGGUAGCAUAGCUGUUAGCUCCAUCGCUUUUCAGUGCCAGUGAUCACUGAUCUGUGUUCCAUUCCCACCACUGUUUAUAUGUUCUCCGCUUGACCACGUGGGCUUCUUCCAGGUGCUCCAGCUUCCUCCCACAUUCUGAAGAUAUGCGGGUUAGGGUUAGUAAGGUAUGGACUUACAGUGUUGGCCCCAGAAGAAUGGUGAUGCUUGUGGACUGCCCCCAGCACAACCCUUGCUGGUUUGAUUUGAUGCAAAUGACACAAUUCACUGUAUGUUUCAAUGUACAAAUGACAAAUAAGGUAAAUCUUUUAAUAGGAGAAAUUGAAUAAAAAUUCACAGUGGAGAAGGUUAAAUGGAGGAAGCAGAAUAGGUGGGUUACUGGCUCCUUAAAACCAGUUGUUCCAGCUCAUCAGCCAUGUUGGCAGCUCAUCUAGGAAAAGGAAAACAUAUCUGAAAUUACUAGAGGAAGAGUAAUUGAAGGUUAGAAAUCUGAAAUAAAAAUGCUGAUGUGUCAGACUUGUUGAAUUCAGUAUUAUUUCCAGAGGACUACAGUGUGCCUCUUCAGAAGAUGAAAUACUUCUCAAACUCAUGUUGAUCUUUGUUGAAACAAAUUAGAAAACCAAAGACAGCAGAGUUAGAAUGGAAAUGAGAUGGCGAGAUCUGGUGAGCCUUAAUUAACUUUGCUGGAAAGCCCUUUGUGUACUUGGUGAGGUUAAAAUCAGGCUUAAUCAUCAGGCGCCUAGGGUGGGGUCAUCCUCAUGGUCUCACGUUACACAUGACUCCUAGAUUCAGUACACUACUUGGGCAAACUACCAUCAAAAGUACAGGACAGUGUUUCAAGGGAAUGGAGCCCAGUAGAUAACAAGUGGCUCAUGGACAUUGUGGACCAGCUGGACCUAAUAGCCUCAUGUUAUUUCUCAGGCUGCUUUCCAAGUCAUCUCGUGCAAAGGCAUGUGCAUUCAAUUUUGGAACAUUGAUUCAGUGCCUAGAUCUUUCUUUCAGUAGAUUUGCUCUUCUGAUUUUGAGAUCCCCAACCUAAAAUAUGAAGUACUGUGAAGUGAAAACACAAGGGUUCUUCAGUAAGUUAUAAUGUUCAACUUUCGAAUAGCGAGACACCAAAUCAUCAACAAAAUGGAAGGUAAGCAGGCAAUAGAUCAGGAAGAGACCCCUGCUGAUAAUGCAAAAGUUUAUUUUUAUAUAUGUUAGAGCAAAGCAAACGCAAGUGGAACAGUUCAGUUGGGAUAAAUUAGAAUGAUACCGUCACAGAAAAUAAACAUUCAGAUUCUUUGGAGUUUUGAAAUUUGUAAUGAAACACAUAGCUGUACUUCCAGACUGAACUUACAGAAUGGAGAUUUACAGAAUAGUUUCCAUUCUUUAAUGAGUCAAAUUUAUUUUACGUUUUAAUGAAACAUAAUGGAGUUUGAACAUUGUUUUAAUUUAAUGGAAAAUAUGAUGUAUAAAUAUAGUUUAGGAUUAUGUAAACUGAGAAAUUUGACUUUUGACAACUUUUCCUUGUUUUGUGCAUGUGACUAGAAUUGGUGACUGUGUUUUAAGAAACUUUAGCAUUUGAUUAUAUGCUACUCGUUUAAUUUCAUGCUACUCGUUUAAUUUCCUUUCAAACAACUAAUACAAGGUAAUACAGGAAUUUUAAAAGAAACACAGAGCAGACCAGCAUUAAUAUUAAUAAACUUGAAUCUGGCCACUGCCAAGCCUGUUAACAAAAUGUUAAACACACUUCAGACAUUCAUAGAUAUAUCAUACAAACUUUAAAGCAACACACACAAAAUGUUGAAAGAACUCGACAGGUCAGGCUGCAUCCAUGGAAAUGAAUAAAUAGUCAAUGUUUCAAGCCAAGAUCCUUCUUCAGGACCAAGAAGGAAAGGGGACGAUGCCAGACUAAGAAGGUAGGAGGAAGGGCUAGUUGGAAAGAGAUAGGUGAAGCCAGAUGGGUGGGAAAUUUUCUUAGCAAACAAGUGGUAAGCUUUAUCAAUGAAUUAUAAGUCUAACAAAGUUCAAUAGGAAUAUGUUACUGUGGAGUAUAAAUAGGUCAUGCAUUCAUGGUGGUUCUUGUCAAACAAGAGCUAAGUAAGCAAUGGGCUAAAUCAUAUGAGCAACAGUAGGUCACUGAGCCCCUCAAAUCAGCUCCAUCAUUCAGUAAGAUCAUGGCUGAUUCACGGACCCACCCAUUUUUCACUGAUUCCUAUAUGUUCCUCAGUGUUGGGAAAUAUCUUGGCUGUCGUUUAACAUUCUGAGCAAUUGAGCAUUCACCAUCCACCGAGCCCUCAUUUCAGUUCUUCCAAAGUGGGUUAUACAAAUCAUCGUUCCCAACAUGUCAGUGAAGUGUGGCAGGUAAACACCGAAGGUAUGGGCAAGGAAAAAUACCUUGCAGUAAGAAGUACCUCUUCAGAAAGUUGCUUGAGAGGGGAUUCUGAGUGGUCUCAUUGGACUGAAAGGUCUGAGUCAUUUUGCAAGACAGCGUGUACAUUCUUGCAAUGAUGAGUUUCAAAUAUUGUCUUGUUAAUCCUGAAUAUCCUAGGAAAAAUAACUGCACAUCCAAUCUUAUUUACUCUUCAGAGUAUGUCAAUAAAAAUUAUUUAUUAUGAUAAUGGUGCUAUUUUGAGGCAAGAUUCUUGUACCCCCAUGCUCCCUUGUUUCACAGUAAAUCUAUUACUAACAUCUAUAACUAGUUCUGUUAUUUUUUACAGAGAUAUGAUAAAUAGUAGUUUUUACAGUCCUGUGCAAAAGUUUUGGGCACAUAUAUAUAGCUAGAUGUUGUGUAAUUGUUGUAAUUAUUUCCCAGAUUGUUCAGUAGACUGAUUACUGAUCUACUUAAUAUUCCCUUACUUUUGCACAGUACUGUAUUUGUCAAUGUGAAGCGGUAAUCAAGUUUAAGUCUGGCCAAAUG